UCCUGUUUAACCCCGCUGCAAGCGAGGGGCGGCGUGUAAGCGCUGGCCACUGGGAGCUGAGAUGUUGUAACCCACACUGGGUUUUGAUGAACUGGUUCCUACUUUAGAUCCCACUGAAUGUGGAUGUGGUUGUUGUCUUUCUGCUCUGAGUGAUGGUGAUCAUCAGGUAUACAGCAGACUCCCUGAGAAUUUUUGAAUCCUCUUGGGAAAUAGAAAAACAACUACUUUUAAAAAAAUAUUUCAGAACAGUUGACACCUUCCAGGGAAAAGCUGAUAAUUUUUUUCUGCAAAGUUUGGAAGAAUCUGCAUUCUCUGUGAUUUUAAAUAAGUAUAAAAUGACAACAGCUUAAACUUUAGCCUUUAAAAUGAAUGCUGAAAAGUCAAAUGACAAAGCAAAGAAUGGCUUGAAGUCUACCUUACUUAUACAGGAUGAAAAUGGAAAUAGCUACUCAUGUGACAGAGCUACACCUUCCUCAAAGAACUGUGCCACCAAGAUACAUGGUAACUCAUCUGACCAAAAUAUAGUGACUGAGAAUGAAGUUUACACUGUUCUUGAAAGUCAGAGUGAUGUCACAAGUGUUCUUUUAAAACAGCAGUGUAUUGAAGCACUUCAUCUGCAGAAGACACCUGAUAAAUAUGACUGCACAGGAGCUCUGUUGGAAGAUGGAGAUGCUGCAUGCAGGUCUUCUGUGACUGAACAGACUUCCAUUUAUCCUUUGAACUGUGACUUGAAAGAAACAGCAAACUUCCAGAAAGGCGAUGUUGCUAUGGCAAAAAUGCAAAAUCAGAGUAUCAAACCAUCUGUGCCUUACAGUCAGACUGACUCUAAUAGUGUAUUACCUCUUCCUGUGUCAGAGCAGGACAUGCAGUCCCUUAUGAAGGACAGGGCACACUGUCACCUGAGCACAUUGGAUGUUACUAAUGUUAUAGGUGAAACUCAGGAAACUUAUCAAAAUGACAUGCACCUGAGGGAAACGCUUAUCUCUUCUCAAGUAUGUACGAGAGAGAAGUUUGGUAGAACUAGCUCAGGAAGAACACCUAAUUUCCACUCUACGAUAGUGGCUUCAGAAAGCCCAGAUGAUGCCGAUUCAGAACUUGAAGUGUAUUGUCCUGCCUCUGCAGGUGUUGAACACCGUCUAAAAAACACUAACAAGAUUGAUAAAGAAUCACAGGAAACAGAAGAACAGUCCAUAAAACUAGCUGCUGGGUGUAUAGAACCCUACAGGCGAGAUGCAUUAUUGCCAGGUAUUAAGAUGAAUGAAGAUGGCCAAGUGAAAUCCUUUCAGGAUACCCCUGACCAUGAUGAAACUAGGAAUUUCAAUGCUGAAGCAGGCAUGGGUAGUCCUGCAAAUAAUGUGCACCUUCUGCUGGAAGAUAAAAUGAAUGGAGAACAAGUAUCAAAGAAAACCAGUGAAUCCUUAACCAAAGAACAAAGCAUCUCUGAAAAUGUUGCUCUUCAGGAUAUGCACAUAUCUUCCUUAUCUUGCAGUGUACCAAAAUUAAAGAGGACUGUUAUGCCUGACCUGAAAUGUGAAGCAACUUUUGUUGUCUUCAGUCCCAUGGCUGAUGAAAGUGAUGCUGCUGUAUGUACUUCAACCCCCAAAGAACAAUCAAAAAAUACAACUUUCUGUCUUUCAGCAUUGGCAGAGCUUGGAGACAAGACUCCUAAACAAAGAUCCAAUGAGGCAUUUGUAGGAGGCCACAACAGAAGGCCUUUGCUUAAAGCUAGUUCUGGUCAGACUGCAGGAAAACCAGUGGGCAAGUCUCCUGUUGUGUCGACAAUAACCAAAGCAAAGAAAUCGGAGAUUGUUAGUUUUCCCAAACCUAAUUUCAAAAAUGUGAAGCCAAAGGUUAUGUCUAGGCCUGUGCUACAGUCAAGAGAUAGUGCAUCAUUAAAACAGUCCCCCCAGACCCCACAACUAUCGGCUGUCUCCUCAUCUUCGCUGGUUACUCCCCCAAGGCAAUUGUCCCCCUCUAUGAAAGUGCUGAAAAAGAAAGUAGAUCUAACUAAAGACACUAAAGUGGAAUUGCCUGGGAGUAAGCCCCAUAAGCUAAAUCUUAACAAACACCUCUUUACUAGCCAAGUUGUACAUGCUACAGCACAUCCCAGAAAUGCUUCCCACAAGGCUUCCAAGACACCUGUGUUAAAGCAGGUUCCGGAAGACACUGGCAAAGCAAUCUCUACCCAUUCAGCAUGCUCCUCAGUUUCUGCAGUGCUUCCAAAGUGCAUAGAGAACUCGAAAGAGAUGCUGAAUGAUAAAAUGGAAAGUUCAGACUCUUCAGUGCAUUCCUGUGCUCAAAACACCUACCUGACCAGAGGUGAAAAAGAACAAAGAAGCAACAUGGGAAUUCUGGAAGGAGCCUUGUUAAAAGAUGUGGCAAAUGAAACGCUUGAGCUGCAUUCUACUCCUUUGAUGCCUUCUGUGAAAGAUGGGACAACACCAGAGAAAAACACACUGAAGAAAGGCCCAAUCACACUACAAAGCGUAUCAGCUCCCAAGGUUAAAAUGGUGCCAUCUGUGUUGCCCUUGAAGAGAGGAUAUGAAAGUAAAACUAUGAGUACAAUUAAAGCACCUUCUCACAAAGGAGCUGUUCUGUCAUCAAGCUCUGGUGUAGGAUCUUUACCAAGAGAGAAGCAUGCCUCCGUGAAAAAUUCUCCAGCCUCCUGGGCUAGCUCCAGUAAACUGCUCGCCAAAUCCAAAGUGCCUGUCAAAAGAACAGUGCUUGAGAGAACACCUAGCAUCUCAUCAGUCAGCAGCACUCAGAGUGAGAGAAGUCUUUUCAGCAGUAACUCUGCAAGUACCACAGUCAUCAUCAAGAAUGGAGAAUGGCCUUCAAAACCAGCCUGCCGAAAUGGUACCUCGGGAUCUGUGCCUUUGAAAGCAGUACCAAGACCUAGAUUACACUCGUUGAAGUCAACUCCAAAAGGAGCCAAGGCCAGGCCUACUUCACUGAACCAAUGCACACCAAAAUCAGCUGGACCACUGCAUUCAGCAAGGAGAGUCAGUGAGGCUAGAGGAACUUCUGGAAGAAAUAGACACCAAAGCUUAUCUUGUUUGGGUUCUGUUGACAAAGGCAAGCAGCGGAGUCCCAAGAGCUCAUGCAUACAGACUCAAGCAGUCACAGAUGUGCAUUUGCCUGGCACGAAAACAGCUGAGUUGACACAUUACAAAACAACAUGUGAGACCCAGAAUGGAAUCAUCCUGCAGCUGAAAAAACUCCUCACAAGCAGUAACCUGAAGUUUGAAGCAUUAACAGUUGUGAUCCAGCACCUGCAGUCUAAGAGAGAUGAAGUACUGAAACAGCAUGAAGACUUAUCUCAAGAACUAGUUAACCUUCGAGGAGAACUAGCAACCACUUCUGCAACUUGUGAGAAACUGGAGAGAGACAGAAAUGAACUUGAACUUGCUCAUGAAGGAUUUUUGCAGAAGCUAAACCAGCAACAUCAGAAUGAUUUAGCUGAGCUGGAGGAGAGGCUCAAAGAGUUUUACACUGCAGAAUGUGAGAAACUCCAAAGUAUCUGCAUUGAAGAAGCUGAAAAGUACAAAGCGCAACUCCAGGAGCAGGUGGACAACUUAAAUGUCACACAUGAAAACAUUAAGCUGGAACUUGAAAACAAACACUCAGAAAAAGUAGAGGAGCUGAAAAAGGAGUACGAAUCCUCUUUUUCAGAGCUCAAGAGUGCCCAUGAAUCUGAAAGGACAUUGCUUGAAGAUUCCUUUAAAGAGAAGCAGGAAUUGCUAGAGAAAGAAAUCAACGAAUUAAAAUGUGAAAACAAUUCUCUGAGUGAGAAGCUGGAAUUGGAAAAGCAAAAACAAAUAGCCAAAGAAAAAGCCAAUCUUAAACACCCCCAGAUAAUGUAUCUGGAACAGGAGCUGGAAAGUUUGAAAGCAGUGCUGGAGAUCAAGAAUGAGAAACUUCAUGAGCAGGAUGUAAAGCUAAUGAAGAUGGAAAAACUGCUGGAGAACAAUGCAAUCUUAACAGACAAGAUAAAGAAGGUUCAGCAAGAAAAUGAAGAAUUAAAAGCUCGGAUGGACAAACACAUGGAGCUUUCAAGGCAGCUUUCUACGGAGCAAGCUGUUCUGCAGGAGUCACUAGAGAAGGAAUCUAAAGUGAACAAACGCCUGUCAAUGGAAAAUGAAGAACUUCUGUGGAAGCUGCACAAUGGUGACCUAUGCAGUCCAAGGAAACUGUCUCCCAGCUCUCCAUCUGUGCCUCUUCAGUCCCCACGGAAUUCUGGUAACUUCUCUAGUCCCACAGUAUCACCAAGAUGACAUCUCUUGAGAGAAGGAGGGGAAUGCAUUUCAUUUGUGAUCUGCAGAACUGAUCCUAGCUGACUAUGAUGACUCCACAAAACUGGAAACUACUUGGUGCAAAAAUGGUGAUAAAAGACUGAGAAUAUGGGAGAAAGACACUCGUGUUGCUCCUCCCAAAAAGACUUGUUUAUGACCUCUACAGACAUUGUUGCACAAAGCACUUACAGAGCAAGGAAAGACUUGUUCAUUGCCUUUUCACCUAACUAUAAGAAAAAGCUCAGGGGCUUAGAGACAAAGAUCACAACCUUUAUACUAUGUUCGUUCUCACAGACACUUUUUUAAGGCUGUGUGUGUGCGUGUGCUGUGGAUGGAAUGGAUGUAACACACUGUGCGUGUGUCUAAUGUUGCCUUCUUUGCCGUGUUAAUAAAGGAUAAAAGCUGGAGACUAUAUAUUGACAUGUACUUUCUUAAUAAUGGUGUCAGUAUGCAUGCUUUUAGCAGAGAGUACCUUCACUAGGGAAUGAGGAGAAACUGCCACUAGUAAUAUAGUUUCUGGCUUCAGUUUGGUAAAAAAAUGGCAUGAAAAGCUUUAACUGACUCACUGGUAUCUUGGCUGACCUAAGUAUGCAACUUUGAAUUAAUUUUAAGAACAAACUGAAUUGCAGCCAUACUUUGCAUGGAUUCUUGGUUUAAUAUUCAUGCACAACUCUGCCAUUUAUGAGGAGACUUUUUUUUUGCAGGAUACAGUGGAUUUUGGCCUUCAAGUCAACAGGGUCAUAGUCAGAAGUUACUAGUUGAGCUGCAAGUUUAGAAACGUAGACCUCUCUUACCUGCUGUAAAGGAGUCAGUUAUUUCCCCAGAACAGUGUGUCCAUUGCUGAGGUCAUCUGCUGAGGAUAAAAUAGAUGUGGAUUUGAAAGCCAAAGAGAAAAAUGCAAUAAUUGUCAUAAUAGAUGCAUUCUUAACUCAGUUCUCAAGAAUAUUGAGUAAUUUGUGAAUUCCAAUAUACCUGGUUGACACACUUGGACUUUUUAAGCAUUAGCAUUUGUAUUAACAUUCUUCAGGAUUGGCUAAACCUGAGAAAGAGGGGGAUGGCGAUAGCUGUGUAUUUACCUUGCUGAUUCUGCCACACCUUCUCUCUUAAGACUGCAGGAUAUCUGUGUUUUGCCAUUUCAUUUGGCAAAAGAUUCUGCAGAGUAGGAAAAAAAAAUAUUAUCCUGGCUGCUGGAACUGGAGGCUGAAGGUGUCAGCAUUUCUGGAAAUGUCAGAUGCUGAACAGCUUUAGCUUCAACAGGGUAAUCGGGUAGUCUUGCUAGACCCUGGUCAGACCUGUUUAAGAUGUCUAUAUUGUAGCUACUAAACACAAGUUCAACUUCGCUUUGGUGUUACAAACUGCUAUUGUGCUUACAACAGCUCAGGUUUUACAGUACCAUUUCCAGCACCAUGGUUAUGCUACUGUUUAGCUAAUGCUGUUAGCUGGCUACAGUUUAACUAUUACAGUAAAUUACAUCUGUUGAGUUUCUUGGUGUUUUCCAAGAGCUUGAGGACAGUAAUCAAGAGGAUGGGAAGUGUUUAGGGAACCUGACUGGAGAACCACUGCAAACCACUUUACCCAAGACUUGAAAAAUCUUAGCUAGUAAUGAGGAACACGGACAUAUAAACAAGACUGUUAGCAGUGCUCAUGCAGUAAGUAAAGCUGUAAUAUGCUUACACUUGUGAUUGACUUUCAUAAUUAAACCUACUUAAUUUUCAAUAACGUACAAAUGAAGGGUGCCAUUUCUAUGGAACAUUAUCCUCUCUUUUAAUCCUGUUUAGGGCCCUGUACCUACCACUUGUUUGUGGGGUCAGUACUUAAAAUGUUUUUAGGGGACUCAAAUUUAGCUAUGGAAAUCCUUUGUGGGCUAAAGCUUGGCUUGAAGUAUAUCCUGGAACAUUCUUACUUUCUUUGGUCAAAGAGAUUUGAUCACAUGUAUUUGAAUUGAAUGCUUAAAAAAUAAAUUUUUUGUACUGAUCAAA